GUCAAUAAUAAUUGUCCAAUGAUUUUCAUUAAGUUUAUAAAUAUCGGACUGUGACAUAUCUAUCAUUUAUUAUUUAUAUAUACAUACAUAUAUAUAUAUAUAUAUAUAUAUAUAUACAAACGAACUUUAAAUUUAUAUUAUUACAUGUUAAUAUGAUUGACGUUCAGGUUCGUAUGUUUAUUUUUAUACGUUGCCAGUGCAACGUGAUAAGAAAACGUGCGUGAUAACUGCAAGUUUGAAUAUAAAACAAAAAAACAAAAAAAAGAAAAAGAAAAAAAAACGGUGAGGGUGUCAGGGGAGGAGGUAGUACUUACCAGGAGAAGGCUGCAUUUCGAAAGGUGGGAUCGAUUUCAUUUCACCAACGAUUUCUUCGCGGCUAAUUUUUCCUGUGGAUCUGAGAGGAAGGAACUCUGUGAAGAGGAUAGAACGAAAGGAAGAGAUAAAGAGAGAGGGGGAGAGAGAGAGAGAGAGAGAAGAAUUCAUUCUUGAAUUGCCAUGACCAUGGUCGUCAACAAGAUCAACAUGUCGUCGUAUUCUGCGCCACGACGUACCUUCUUUUCGGGUUUUCGUACGAAGAUGUCGGAGUUCCCAGUGGAGGGGGGAGAAAACGGGGACAUGCAAGCGGUCAUGGAAAACUUUCAAAAAAAGAACAAUCUGGUCACUGGCCGGACCCAUGUUUCCCAUCAUCCACAAGUUACCACUUCAUCGCAGAUGCUGACGACGAAUCAGAGCCAAAGCAGCAGUAGCAGCAGUAGUUCGAGCAGGGUGGCCAAAUCCUCUCAGAGGAUCCUUACGUCGUCCUCGUCAAGUGAAAUGAAGGCGAGCUCUAUGAAGAGCGAUCUGACCGAAUUAAAGCGUGGCAUUUCGGAGAUGAAAAAUAUUUCAACGAAUUUUUCACGAUUACGUAGCAGCAUGGAGAAUCUCGUUGACAGAGACGGAACCGGCGCCGAAGAAAAUGAUUUGACCGAGCCAUUGGUAACAUUCCCGGAUCCUGAUACACCUCCACCCUCAACGGGAACUGUCACAUUGACGGGAGGUUCGCCGUCUCAAUUGAGUUCUCUCAAUUCAUUGAACAAUCUUCACAGUAUGAGCCCGCAGAUGAAUAUGCCGAGUAUAACGAAUAGGACGAGUUUACCUGCCGGUCAGGAAACUAUGAAAUUUGAACAGAAGAAAAUGACGAGUGCAUCGAAGACGAAGGUCGUUACCGAUGGAUUUAGUGCUGAAAAGGCAAUAGCCAAUAGCGCUGAAAUGAGAGCAUUACAAGCUGGCGAUGUAUCUUACAAAGAACAAAGCGCCGCGACCGCGGCAAGGGCACGGGUCGAAUUGGACGGUGUAUCUGCGGAAAAGAGGGUAGCUGCAGCCAGAGAACAGCGAAGCUUGAAGGCUGGAGAUUUAUCGCAUCAAGAGAGCAACAACAUGGCAGCCUCGACUAUGAAGUUACAAAGUGAUUCAUUCAGUUCAGAAAAGAAGGCGAUGGCGGCACAACAACAACGUCAGACAGUAACUUCCUCAGGAAUUUACAAUCAUGAAAAACACAUGGCAUCGAGUUCGCAAUCGAGUAUAACAAUAGCUUCGAAAGGAGUUACGUCAAAAUCAUCGAUGAUAUGUGCGGCCAAUGCGGUAAAUCAAUUGAUGAAUGGUAUGAGGCCAGCUGAGGAUGAACUUCUUUCAUUGCCAUUGGACGAUCUGGAUUUAUUAUGUUCUAAGUCAAAUCCGCAGGAUGUUGAUCGUGCGAUUGCUAAAUACUCCGGUUUCUUGGAUAGUUUCGUCGAACGUUUAAAGACCAACGAAGGAAAGAACGGGAAAGCUCCGUUGUUAUUGAACAGGGUAAACGAGAUUAUCAGAAAAGCCUGGGCUGUACCUACUCAUGGUCAUGAACUUGGUUAUACACUGUGUAACACCCUUAGAACGAGAGGUGGUCUAGAUUUGUUGAUGUCAAAUUGCAUUGCUAGCGAUCACGAGUUACAGUUCUCCUCGGCCAGAUUAUUGGAACAAUGUUUGACAACUGAAAAUCGUGCCCACGUGGUUGAACAUGGCCUUGAGAAGGUUGUAAACGUAGCUUGUGUGUGCACGAAGAAUGCCAACUCCGUGGAUCAUUCUAGAGUGGGCACCGGUAUAUUGGAACAUCUAUUCAAGCAUAGUGAGGGUACCUGUAGCGACGUUAUCAGGCUUGGCGGUUUGGACGCGGUUUUAUUCGAGUGUAGAAAGAACGACGUAGAAACAUUGAGACACUGUGCCGGGGCAUUAGCCAAUUUGUCACUUUACGGUGGUGCUGAAAAUCAAGAAGCUAUGAUCAAGAGAAAGGUACCAAUGUGGCUCUUUCCACUUGCCUUUCAUAAUGACGAUAAUAUAAAGUAUUACGCUUGUCUGGCCAUCGCAGUUUUAGUAGCCAACAAAGAAAUUGAGGCGGCCGUUUUAAAAUCCGGUACCCUUGACUUAGUCGAGCCAUUCGUAACAUCUCACAAUCCUUACGAAUUUGCAAAAUCGAAUUUGGCGCAUGCUCAUGGACAAAGUAAAAAUUGGUUGGAAAGAUUGGUACCCGUGUUAAGUUCGAAAAGAGAGGAAGCCAGAAAUCUCGCAGCUUUUCACUUUUGCAUGGAAGCUGGUAUUAAGAAACAACAAGGCAAUACCGAGAUAUUCCGUGCUAUAGGAGCUAUCGAACCAUUGAAGAAAGUCGCCAGUUGUCCAAAUGCAAUUGCCUCCAAAUACGCUGCUCAAGCAUUACGUUUGAUUGGCGAGGAAAUACCACAUAAACUUAGCCAACAGGUACCACUUUGGUCUACGGAGGAUGUUAGAGAAUGGGUUAAACAAAUAGGUUUUGCCGAGUGUGCUGCAAAUUUUGUUGAGAGUAGAGUGGACGGUGAUCUUUUGCUCCAAUUGACAGAAGAGAAUCUCAAGGAGGACAUUGGCUUGACGAAUGGAAUUAGAAGGAGACGUUUUACGCGGGAAUUACAAAAUUUGAAAAAAAUGGCGGAUUACAGUAGCAGGGAUACCGGAAAUUUAAAUAGUUUCUUACAAUCGAUCGGUCAAGAAUUUUCUAUAUACACUUAUAGUAUGCUCAACGCUGGCGUUGACAAAGAUUCUAUCAGAAAUUUAUCCGAGGAUCAAUUAUUGACCGAGUGUGGUAUAGCCAAUAGUAUACAUCGACUUAGGAUAUUGGAUGCCAUUAAGAACAUGCAACACAAUCAAUUCAGUUCUUGCGAAGACGAAUCGCCGGAUAAAUCUUUAGAUGUAUUCGUUAGUUAUAGAAGAUCCAAUGGAUCUCAAUUAGCUAGCUUACUCAAGGUUCAUUUGCAAUUACGUGGAUUUUCGGUCUUUAUCGACGUCGAAAGGUUAGAGGCCGGUAAAUUCGAUAAUAAUUUGUUGCAAAGUAUAAGACAGGCCAAACACUUCCUCCUUGUGCUAACGCCCAAGGCAUUAGAAAGGUGUAUACAGGACAACGAAUGUAAAGACUGGGUCCAUAGGGAAAUUGUAGCUGCGUUACAAUCGCAGUGUAACAUUAUUCCCAUAAUAGAUAAUUUUCAAUGGCCUGAACCUGAAGAUCUUCCUGAAGAUAUGCGAACGGUUUGUCACUUUAAUGGCGUACGUUGGAUUCACGAUUAUCAAGAUGCUUGCGUAGACAAAUUAGAAAGGUUUAUGCGAGGAGAAAUUCCUGUAAGAUCUGAAUUGUCCGGUGGUAUACCAAGAAGUAUAGCAUCCAAGGACGUAACAGCACCUAGUACGCCAGGUAGCACGAAUAUGCGACAAGCACCGAAUUAUCAACGAAUGCAUAGCAAUGAAAGUAGAGGUAGCGACAAGGAUUCAAAUGGUGGGCGAGACUGACUAGACGGCCCGCCCACAGCUAUUCCAAACAGAUUUAGAAAAUCGUCGAGUCCGUCCCGUUGGUUAAUGGGUUUGCCGCCAACGUCACCUCGAUUAAAAUUCAUCCAUACACAUCCUGGAGGAAGUCCAAUACCUCGCAGACCACCACGACAUCCACCCUCUCCGUCUAC